GCAGGAUCCUCGGGGCAAAAGCUGGGAGAUUUGUGGCGCCAGCCUUGGCAAGAACAACCCUGUCUUUCUAUCGGAGAAGGUCACCUUUGGAGAGAAGGAAGUCGUCCCCAGAAGAACACCUUUACCUGUUGUGCCAGGUGAGCACAGGAGGGAGCCAUGUGGGGCCUGUGGGUCCUGGGCCUGGCCGCCUUCGUCCGCCCCUCCCUCGCACUCAGGGUCAGCGCCUUCAACAUCCAGACCUUCGGGGACAGCAAACUCUCCAACGACACCAUCACCGACCUCAUCGUCCAGAUUGUGUCCGGAUAUGACAUCACUUUGGUCCAAGAAGUCCGCGAUGCCGACCUGAGUGCCGUGAAGAAGCUGAUGCACCGCCUGAACCAGGCAUCAGCCCAUCCUUUCAGUUACGUGGUCAGCAAGCCUUUGGGACGCAGCAGCUACAAGGAGCAGUACCUUUUCAUUUACAGGCAGGACCAGGCCUCCCUCUUGGACAGCUACUACUUCGACGACGGCUGCGAACCUUGUGGCAACGACACCUUCAGCCGGGAGCCCUUCGUGGUGAGGUUUGCGGCACCACAGACAGAGCUGGGGGAGCUGGUCCUGGUGCCCCUCCAUGCCGCCCCCAAUGACGCCGUCUUGGAGAUCGAUGCCUUGUAUGAUGUCUACCUGGACGUGAAGCACAGGUGGGGCACCCAGGACGUCCUCCUCCUGGGUGAUUUCAACGCCGGCUGCUCCUUUGUCCGGGCGCAGGACUGGGCCCACAUCCGCCUGCGCACUGACCCCGCUUUCCAGUGGCUCAUCCCGGACACGGCCGACACCACCGCAGGGCGCUCUGACUGUGCCUACGACCGCAUCGUAGCCGUCGGAGCUCACCUGCAAGGAGGCCUUCUACCUGGGAGCGCCCAGGUGAACAACUUCCAGGAAACCUUCCGCCUCAGCUACAAAGACGCUUUGGCUGUCAGUGACCAUUAUCCAGUGGAAGUGACCCUGAAAUCCAAUUAAUUCCCUUCCUGCACCCCGAAACUCAUCUUUUUGAUUGGGGGAAAUCCCUUUGCUUCUCAUGAAGCUUUCUGCCGCUUAUGAAAUCACAGUUCGUCAUCAUUAAAGAUAAUUAUAAAGAUGCUUAA